AUGAAGAUCUCCAUUCUCUUUGGUAUCACCUUUGCAUGUGGCUUUUUUGGAAACUUUAUUUCAAAUGCUAAUCCUCUACCGUAUGAAGCCAUAUUCAACUUUGGCGACUCUACAAGUGAUACCGGAAAUGCUGCAUUUGAUCACCUCAAUGUUAUGGAAAAAUUAAUUCCCUAUGGUUCAACAUACUUUAAACAUCCAUCGGGACGACAGUCAAAUGGACGACUCAUCAUAGAUUUCAUAGCUGAGGCAUAUGGGUUGCCAUUUUUACCGGCCUAUAAGAAUAUCACCAAAAUCCCAGAUGAUAUAAAAAAGGGAGUUAAUUUCGCCUAUGCCGGUUCAACUGCACUUGAUGUCAAAUAUUUUAGUGGCAUUAGUGGAGUCAGUGCACCAAAGGAAUCAUUAAAUGUGCAAUUUGAUUGGUUUAAGAAGCUAAAACCCGACUUAUGUAAAAGUAAAGAAGAAUGUGACAGCUUCUUCAAAAACUCAUUGUUUAUAGUGGGAGAGAUUGGUGGAAAUGAUAUUUUUUAUCAUCUUUCUAAAACUAUUACAGAACUACGAGAGAAAGUUCCUUUGAUGGUUGAAUCAAUCAAAAAUACCACCAAUGCUUUAAUUGAAGAAGGAGCGGUGGAGCUAGUGGUUCCAGGGAACUUUCCAAUGGGGUGUAAUACUGACAUAUUGUCAAAAAAGAUUAGUCAGAAGAAAGAAGACUAUGAUGAAUUUGGAUGUUUGAUAGCUUACAACACUCUCAUUGAAUACUUUAAUGAGCAGCUAAAAAAAUCCAUAGAGACAAUAAAACAGAAACACCCUCAAGCUAAGAUAGUAUAUUUUGAUUAUUACAACGAUGCCAAGCGUUUAUAUCAAACACCUCAACAGUAUGGUUUUAUUUCUGAUAAGGUCGAGAUUUUGAAAGCAUGUUGUGGAGGAAGUGGACCAUAUCAUCAUGAUGAGUAUUGGUGUGGAACGCCGAAUACAACAGUUUGCUCUGAUCCUUCAAAACUAAUAAAUUGGGAUGGACCCCAUUUUACCGAAGCCGCUUAUAAGCAAAUAGCUAAAGGAUUAAUCGAAGGCCCUUUUGCAUAUCCUUCUCUAAAACCUGCUCCUUUCAAGAUAGCUUAGAAUUGAUGAUGUAAAUAUUAAGAAAGACUUUCUUUCAUGAAUUCCAAUCAUGAUUACACUUUAUAUCUCUGCUAUGAGAAGUUUAAAUGUACUCAAUUAUAAGCUUGCUUACUUCCCCUCUCAUUUUUCGUCUCCCGUCCUCCCUUUUAAAGCCUUUUCGUAGAUGAAUCAUCUCUCCCGUAAAUUUGUUGUUGUAUUUACUUUCACCAAGUCUUUUUUUCAAGUGAAAUAUGUUGCUUCCCAUUUUUCUUUUCUAAAGUGUGUUAGUUAUUUUCCAUUUAGAGUGAUAGUUUGUUUUGUGUCUUUGACUAUAGUGUCAUGGAGCAGUGUCUAAUGUUAGACUUGCAAGCUGUAAAUUGCCAAGAAAAUGAAACUUGUAACAAGAUAUUGUUAAAGAUGAAUCUUACAAAUGAAUGAAAAUAGUUAGGGAUCUUGCAAA